AUGGAAUUUUGGUCUUUACUACUCUCUAUUACGCAGUCAUGUGUACAGAUAUUGCUUGUCUGUGUUACAGGGUAUGUGUGUGCUUAUAUGGGCAUGGUAACUCCAACUGUACAAAAGGGCUUAUCAAAAUUGAUAGUCGCAGUUUUGUUGCCAUGCUAUCUCUUCACAGAAGUAGCAGUUGGAAUUGAUAUCGACACGCUCAUUCGUCUUUGGCCGAUAGCAGCGUUCAUGGGUCUAUACGCUGUGCUAGGCUCGACGAUUGGAUGGGUCGGUGGAAAAAUUCUAGGAACCUCUAAAAAGGAAACUAAUUUUAUCAUCACCGGGAUUGUCUUCAAUAAUCUAACGAGUCUUAGUGUGAGUUUACUGAACAAUAUUGAACAUACGCCAGCCGUACAAUAUUUGCUAAUCGACGAGGAUGAUAUACCAGCUGAUGCAAUAAGACGUGGUAUUUCAUUUGCUUUAUUGGCCUCUCUUCUCGGUAAUUUUCUUCGUAAAUCAAUUUCGACUAUAUUCAAAAAUAUGAUAUUGAAAAUCGUAACAUCUAUCCGCGAAAUAAUGAAUCCACCUCUCUACGCUGCGGUCCUUGCCGUAAUUGUCGGCACAAUACCAACACUAAAAAAUCUAUUCUUUGGUCAUAACGCGAUCCUUUACCCGACAAUCACCAAGACAAUGAUCACCCUUGGAAACCUCUCGAUUCCAAUUACACUUCUGUUACUUGGCACACAACUCAACAACUCUCCGCCAACGGCGAAAGAUAGUCAAUUGUUCCCAACGAUCGGUUGGGUCAUGGCGUCGCGAUUCUUGUUUGUUCCUAUUUUUGGAAUUUCCUUGGUCUAUUUAACUAGAACAUGGUAUAGUUAUUAUGAUCCGAUGCUUUGGUUCGUGUUGAUGCUGCUCUCCGCCAGCCCAACUGCGGUUAAUUGCAUAAAUCUCACACAAUUGACCGGAACAUUCCAAGAGGAAAUGUCUACACUACUAUUCUAUUCCUAUGUUCUCACUGCACCAAUAUUGACAUUUUUGAUAAUGAUUAUGAUUUUAGUCAUCCAGAACGCGAAAUUAUCUUAG